CAAACAGUGUGCAGCACAGGCCUGCGUUUUUUAAUUGACAGUUUUUGCACGGAGAUCUGCCGUUUUCAGUCCGUUUAGAUUCGUAUCAGUAAACCCAACUCACAGGUUAAAAAGGCUGUUUGACGCUGCUUAGCGUAAGCUUUUCACUCAAUUUCAAGCAGAUCAUAUACGGUACAACUUACAAUUAUCCUCGAUAAUGCGCGAACCAUGGCAUCAUACCUCCAAGAACAUCCCGCAGCCCCGGAAGCUGAUGUUGCUUUGAACAUCGCGUUUGUGAAUGUCUGUUUUCGGUGAUCCUUCUAGUACAAAUACUAACUGUGCUAUAAUUAUCUUUGACCUGAUCGUUGUCCGAUAAGAUUACAGUCAUUACACAGCGUGUACCAAAUUUUACACGUGAAAUUGCUUAUUGUUAGUACUCCUAUCGGAGCAUGCACUGGCUGCGCUCUCCAUUCCAUUCAUUGGAUGAUUUGUAUUUUGUAUAAGUUUGAUUUUUAAUUUGCAUUUCGAUUUGUAUUGAAAAUGGGAUCACAAAUGUCAACUCUGCGAUCGCUGGCACCGGAGGGCGGAGACACACUGAGCCAUGGCCCAUGGGCAUGCACAACUGCAGCAUUUGUAUCCGUUUCCUCAGAUAACCAUGUCUAUCUUUGCACGGGAGCUGCUACCAGCAAUGGUGAUUCCCAAUUUGGGCGGAUCGAUAUGGGGGUAUCUGCUCCGCAGUGAAUUUGAGGGACCCCUCACGUGGUACGAGCGCCUCAAGAAACCACCGUGGACUCCGCCAAAAUGGGUGUUCGGUCCAGUGUGGACGGUUUUGUACGGGAGCAUGGGUGCCGCAUCGUGGUUAGUGUGGCGACAAGGCGGUGGUUGGACCGGAGCAGCUCGGGUUCCUCUCGUCUUGUACGCAACGCAACUGGCACUCAACUGGGCGUGGUCACCGAUGUUUUUUAAAUAUCAUCGUCUUGGCCUGACAUUUGCGACGGCUUCAGCACUUUGGAUUAACGUGGCUGCCUGUAUCGGCUGUUUCUAUCCAAUCAACAAAACCGCGGCGUUUUUCAUGGUCCCGUAUCUCGGUUGGCUAACACUGGCGGCAGCCGUUAAUUUUCGCUUGUGGCGCGACAAUUCCGACGCGGACGGGAUGUAAAAUUUACUUUGUAUUAGAAUUCUUGGUUCUGCAAUCUAUGGACUGUAUGACGUUUUGCGUGUUGGCUGGCAAAGUUCAAUAUUAAGUGAUAAUUGUGACAAUUGUUUUAAUUUGAUGCACAGGCUGCACGCUUUAUUUACGAUCAUAUAAAAGCUUUUAAUUCAAUGAUUUUUUAUUUGUGUAUGUCUGGUCUGUAUUAUGCAUUUUGAUUUGCAUUUGAAAAUGGAAUCACAGAUGUCACCUCUGCGAUCGCCGGUGGGCGGAGGGCGAAGACACCGCCUUAGGUAAUGGUUUGUGAAAUUACUGAAUAAAGCAUUUAUCAUGA